UUGCGGGAAAUCAAUGUGAAAUAAAAUUGCGAUUGUACCUUAAGUUUAUAGAUAAAAACGUAAAGUUAAACGGCAUUCAACGUUUCUGUAUUUAGUAUAACCAAGUUUAAUUCAAAAUGUCGAACCAUUGGCAACAAGGGCGAAAAAACAAAUGUUGGGGAAACUUUAAAAAAACAUGUACACAUCCACCACAUUUAAAAGGCAAAGCAAUUGGAUUAUUCUACAGAGAUCAGGCGGCGAAAAGAAAUGAUGGAAAGAAGGAACUCAGGGAAGUUCAUGUGGCCCUAAAUAUACCAUCAGCUGUCAUAUAUAAAUUAGCUUCAGACAUACAAGCUAUAGAGCAAUUGGCUCAAAAACACAACAUACCUUUAAGGAAAUCAGAAAUGUAUAUAAAAGAAGAACCAAUGUCUGACAGCAGUUUUGAUUCUGAAAAAAUAGCAAUAAAAUGUGAUGAUAUUGUGAAGUAUGAAAAUGAUGGUCAGGACUUUUCCAACUCUAAAGCUGGGCCUUCAUCAAAAGAAAGUUCUUCAGAAAGUAUUUUUAAAGCUCCCAAAAUACCUAGUGUAAAACAUCCUCCAGCAGAAUGUUUAGAUUUUAUUCCAGUGAAAACUGAACCAACUAAAGAUGAUGAAAGUUCCUCGGAAAGAACUCUGCACAUGAGAGAUCAAUCACAUUAUAAAUAUGGAUACCAGGACAUAAUAACAGGCACAUUUGAUGAAAAGUUAGAUGAAAACCUUGCUAAAGGCAUCAAUAUUUGUGCUAAGACACAAGAAAAUGAUGACUUAAGUGUUGCUAUGCAUGAAGAAUAUAAGGAUAUGGUUACAAGAAACCAGUACAAAUCUAUGAUGGGUUUUCGUGAGAAACUACCAACAUUUAAGAAGUCUGCAGAACUUCUAGAACUUGUCAAAAACAACCAGGUGGUUGUGAUAAGUGGUGAAACUGGUUGUGGCAAGUCUACGCAGGUGCCACAGUUAAUCUUAGACGAUGCCAUACGCAAAAACCAAGGUGCCUACAUUCACAUACUAGUGACACAGCCUAGAAGAAUAGCUGCUUCCUCGUUAGCCAGCAGAGUUUCCCAGGAGAGAGCUGAAAGUCUGGGCAACUCUGUCGGGUAUGCCGUGCGAUUAGAAAAAACAGAUGCCAGGCCACGUGGGAGCAUCAUGUACGUGACUACUGGCAUCCUUCUGGCCGACUUAGAAGUGAAUCAGGGCUUAACCAACUACAGCCACAUCAUACUGGACGAGGCCCAUGAGAGGGACUGCCAUAUGGACUUCUCUAUGUGCAUGUUAAAACUGGUACUCAAAAAACGCCGCGACCUAAAGCUCAUCCUAAUGAGCGCAACCAUAGACAGCGAAAGACUAUCCGCCUACUUCGACAACUGUCCAACCAUGCACAUCGAAGGUCUCGCGUACCCCGUACAACCACUGUACUUGGAGGAAGUCCUGGCCCUUACGCGGUACCAGUUACCCGCUGACAAAAGGAACUCUGGACCUGCGAAGCGGGGUCGAGGCGGACAAUGGAAGCAGAUGAAAGUUGAGAGGAAUCAGAUGGAAAGAGAUGUGCAGUAUAGAGCUGAAAUUAGUCCGUGGCUGGAGAGUAUAAAGUGCAAAAUAGACAGAAACGUAUACGUCUCACUCCAAGACUCAAGAAUCGAAGAUCUAAACAUCGAUUUAAUUAUAGCUCUUCUAAGCCACAUAUCUAAAGGCCCGCCUGGCGCUGUACUAGUCUUCCUACCCGGCAUCGGUGAUAUAUCCAAGCUUGUAAAAUUGAUGAACGACAGUGGAAUGUUCCCUAUUUCAAUGUUCGAGAUAUAUCCCUUACACUCAAAACUGCCCACACUAGACCAGCAUAAGAUAUUCGUAAGGCCACCUCAGAAUAUAAGGAAGAUAAUAAUAGCUACGAAUAUAGCGGAAACGUCUAUAACUAUAGAUGAUAUUGUGUAUGUUGUGGACUGCGGCAGAAUUAAGAUGACGGGGUUGAACGUGGAAACGAAUGUCUCGACGCUUAACACGGACUUUGAAUCUAAAGCUAACUUGAUGCAAAGACGCGGCCGCGCGGGCCGUUGCCAACCAGGCAUCGCCUACCACCUCCUAACCUCGUACCGCGCUCAAGCCAUCCCCGACAGACUGUUGCCAGAGUUACAACGCAGCAACUUGCUGGAACCAGUGCUGCAGAUCAAGAAGUUGCGUUUGGGGAACGCGCAGGACGCGUUUAACCUGGUGCCAGGUCCCCCCGCAGAAGUCACUGUGGAUAAAGCUGUCAGGCAUUUGCAACAGUUAGGCGCCCUAGAUGGAGACGAACGCCUGACCCCCCUAGGCUGGCACUUGGCACGGCUGCCCGUGCACCCGGCAGCCGGCAAACUGCUGUUGUUCGGCGCUCUGUUCGGCUGCGUCGACCGCGCCGCCUCCGUCGCCGCCGUGUGGGGCUUCAAGGACCCCUUCAUCCUCGUCAUCGGCAAGCAGCAAGAAGUAGACGACGCUAAGCGCAGCCUAGCUCUCGGCGAGCCGAGCGACCACAUCGCUAUAUCCGAAGCUAUCAUACAAUGGGAACGGCUAGACCGUAGGGGGAAAAGCGAGUUCGCGUACGACUACUUCCUAUCCUACAACACAUUGCAACUGUUGUCAGAAAUGAAACAACAGCUAUGCGAGAACCUGAGGCAAAUGGGGUUUUUAACUGCGACCAAUGUUCGCGGCGCGUGGGAGAAUCGGAAUAAGGAUAAUUUGUGCGUUUUCAAGGCGAUUGUGGCUGCGGCGCUGUAUCCGAAUAUUGGUAUGGUUAGAUGGACAAACUCUCGAAACCCCCGCAAACAACAAAAAAUCCGAGUAUCAACGCCGGAAGACGGGAAAAUCCAAAUACACCCGAGCAGCGUCAUGAGUUCCAACUUCAAAGGUCAUGUAGCUCCUCUGUGCGACCAGCCCGGCGCCAACUGGCUGGUGUACUGGCUGAAGCAGAAGUCAUCCGCUUUGUUCCUGUUCGAUGUCACGCUGGUGUACACUCUGCCUUUGUUGUUCUUUGGGGAGCUGGUUGUGACCAAAGUUGAAGACUCCGCCAACGAGUGCUACAUGUCAGUGUCCACUGUGAAGGUCCGAUGCCCGAAAGAGACAGCUGUUGUGCUCUUCAAGCUGCGGUCCUUGCUGGACCAGGUCCUCGCCUCCAUGGUGACGGAGGCCAGUGAGAGGUCGACGAGGCACAGUCAAUUUGACGAAUUAGUUUUCAAGGCUGUGAUAGAUGUGAUGACUGCGGAAGACGAGAGAUCGGAAUACAUGGACGAUGAGUCGGACUCUGGAUCUGAUAGCAGUUACAAUAACAGACGUUAUAACCAUUACUAUUAGAUUUAUAUUCGCAUGAAUAAUCAUGCAUAAAUAAAUGCGUUUUAUGACA